AUGGAUCGCGACAGCACCCCUGAGUACAAGACCCCCCCAGAAGAGAUUUCUGAAGCAUAUAGCGCGGCUAGUGCAGCAAAUACAACAGCUAAUACAGCCCUUCAACGAGCUCCAGAGGAGAAAGCUAAUGCAGCAAUUCAAGAGGCUCAUGCAGCCAAACAAAAUGCCGAGGAGAACAUCCAACGGGCUCAGGAAAAUGAGAAGAAAGCACGGAAAGAGGGGGAAAGGUUGAGAGAGGAAAUGGAGCUGGAGAAGGAGCGAUCGAGACGUACGACAUUUGGAGAGCUUCUUCAGCACUGCCAUACCAUAUUUUCAGCACCCCUAAAAGUCGAAGAACUCACUCGCUGCACGAAGGGAAAGAUCCCGCAGCCGAAAGGAAAAUACUGCCCCUUGAAGUUCGAGCAUUGGGAAGACUGUGACACCGAGCAACAGAAAAUUUAUCAGACUGUUCGCGAAUAUCUUGAACCGCCAGGAAGUGCUGCGUUAAGACUCUUUACAUCUCGUCUUGGUUUGGAAAGCAUGGGCGAAUAUUUUGGCAGGCCAAUAAGCAGUGAACGAGAUGUGGAAGCUCUUGAGCGAUUUACCGUGGAGAGCCCAGUUCUUAAGAUUAUUACGGAGCUCUGCAAUAUACCGGCUGCAAGAGACGAAUUUCAUUUGGGAACUGGAGCUCGGUUCGACAGUCAUGCAAACUGUCUUGAUGUUGAAGCCGAUAGAGAGCAAGACUGGACAGCGGAGAAGGACAAGGAGCCAUCAAAUUGCCAGAACCCGAGACCAGACCAGUAUUGCAUCUACCAACUACCUGUCGAGACUAUCCGCUUGGGACUGCACCCAAUGGAAUUCUGGAAGGAGAUAGUGAACACUAGAAAGAUUCCCACCGGUCAGGAGGAUAGAAAAAUGUAUGAUGCGGCUGUUCUGACGGGUUCCGCUGUUGUUCAAGUGUAUCAUGUUAUGAUAAUGAAUGGACUCGAGUAUUCUUAUGUGAGCACUGGACUGGCAUUGAUCAUGUUGCGAGUCCCCUCCGAACAUCCGGGCACUCUGUACUACCGUCUCUCUGAGCCCAACAGUGAACUCGCUUCACAAGUUGACAAAAGACUCACAGCUCCCUUAACAUCCGUGGCGCGAGUCUUGUGUCUCUGUCUGAUGAGUUGUAGCUCGGAAGUCCGUGAUAAAGUUUGGCGAGAAAUAGCAAAAGAGGGCCUACCGACCUGGACAACAGGCUUCGAUACUAAAACUUCCACAAUUCCGCAAUAUGAGCCGAACACAAAUCCCGCUGCUCCGCAAUAUUCUAACACCACGACCACUGCGACCACCAAAAACUACUCCACCUCCUCCACGGAAUACCAACCAUCCCAUCAUUCUGUUGCGCCAUCGCCUGCAGAAGACUACAGGAUGCCGACUCAAUCCAAUACACGGCGCGAGCGUACCCCGGACGAAGAUAUCGAUACAAGCCCCAGUAGACAGAAGCGUCGGAUUGGCGACGCCGCUAAGCAAUCAGAACGCCAGAAAGGCCCUUUGUUUAGUGGAGGCAAGUCCUAUGAAGAUACACCCUUUUGUACUCAGCGUUGUCUGCUUGGUCUGCAGCGUGGGGGAGGUCUGGACAAACAGUGUCCGAAUGUUGCGCUGCACCGACAAGGUGCAGAUGUUGACCAGCACCCGAUUACUGCUGAAGCCUUGGUCCAGCAGAUCAACCGGCAGCUUAAUGAAGAUGUUACUAGCCAUGGGUGCACACCCAUGCGUGGCUAUGGGUCAACCAUUGCACCGUUCAGAAUCACCUCUUCUGAAUAUGGAUAUACUGUGGUUGGCAAAGGAGCGUCAUCUGAUGCGUUCUGGAGAGAGAGUUCCUCGCGUGAAGCAGACGUCUAUCGCAUACUUUACCAAGCACAGGGAUCUGCAGUCCCUGUUUUCCUUGGGACAAUUGAUCUGAAGAUGGCUUACUUACAUGGAGACCUCGAGGUCGACCACAUGCUCCUCGUGGCAUGGGAAGGAGAACGGAUCAGGAGCCGCGAUGGAAAGUCCUUCAAACGCGAAGUCAGAAGAUCUGAAAAGGAAGUUCGCUCUCUAGGAGUAUUAUGCCAUAACCUCCGGCCCGAGAAUACUCUGUGGAAUGCUGAGCUACGCCGGGCGUUAAUUAUUAACUUUAAUCAUUCGCAACUCGACCCACUUCCUUUCAAAAAGCGACAAAUCCUAACGGGGAAGACAAACCGUGACCCCUACGGCCGAAAGCGGCCAUGUUCAAACCCGCUCGAUUUAUAG